AGGUGAUUUUGAAUGUUCGUUAAAAAAUAAUGUUCACAAACAUUGAUGGCUAAUGAGCUGGGAGGGUUGAGACCACAUUAUGUGUCAAUGCAGUUCAUGCAGCAGGUCACACUUCUGGAAGAGGCCCUGUCCUGUCUCUAGCCAGUAGAAAGCAUUGGCAAGAGCCGGGGCAAACCAUUAAGCUCAAGGCAGGCAGAUUUGCCCUAUUGGUGAUUAAACCCUUGGUCAAAGUUUUGGCUACUAAACUUGAAGAAAGGCAAAUAUUAGGACAGUAAAGUAUAGACCAGCAAGACAGUUCAGAUUUAAAUAUGCAUGUACAAAACAUCAAAGCAUGGUAUCCUUUCUAAUUAGAGGGCAAGACAAUGACAAUCUGAUGGGCCAGUGGUGUACUUUUUCUUCUGCUUGUGUGAACGGGGAGUUUUGUUUCAACUGCAGAAAGCCUUUGGCCACCUCUGGAGUAUAGAUCCAAGGGCUGAGCCCUAGAUGGAAUAUGGAAGGAAGGCAGAGGAAUUCUGCAGGCUCCAUUGGUCAUGUUCUGUAGCCUGGGUUUGGAUUUCCUGCAAUAUUAAACAGUAAGGGAUUAUUUUAAGUACUGGUAUAAAGAGGUUUCUCCUACUAGUGAGGGUGUCCAGGUGAGAGAGUUAUCAAGCUUUUCAGCAGAGAAGUUAGGUGAUGGUUCUCCAGAAACAACCUGCAGAGGGCAGUGAUCGUUAACGCAAUGGUGUGUUUGCUGAAGCCUGGAGACGAGAUGGGAGGCAAUUCUCCUCUGAUCUCUCAUUAACAAGGCAUUUCUACCCACAGAACUGCCAUUCACUGGAUUUUUUUUUGUUGUUUUUCGCACCAUUCUGUGCAAACUCUAGAAACUGUUGUGUGUGAAAACUCCAGGAGAUCAGCAGAUUCGCAGAUACUCAAGCGCCAACAAUAAUUCCACGGUCAUAGUCACUUAGAUCACAUUUCUUCCCCAUUCUGAUGUUUAGUCUAAACAUCUUGACCAUGUCUGCAUGUUUUUAUGCAUUGUGUUGCUGUCAGAUGAUUGGCUGAUUAGAUAAUUGCAUUAACGAGCAGAUGUAAUAACAACAUGGAAUCUGAGUCAGCAGUGUGACAAAGGUCAGAAAAUCUCUGGCGCUUAUCUGAAGACAGGAAUGCAUCACACCUCUGAAAAUAGCACCAUGACAUCUUUUAGUUCCACUUGAGAGGACAGAUCGGCCUCAUUCUAACAUCCCAUCCGACGGUGCAGAACCCACUCAAUGCUGUACGAGUGACGGCAUCUGCUUGUGGAGCAGACUUUGAACCCAGCGACCCUGAACUCCGAGAACAUCAGUAGCUGAGUCACAGUUGCUUUGAAGAUUCGAUCUAUUUUUGAUUUAGGUUAACUUUUAAAGUUAAGCCCAGGUUAAACCCACUCUUGCACAGUGUGAACAGCUUGAGUUGGGUUUGUGUAUUACACCCAGCUGACAGCACAUUCCACAUUCGGGCAGAGCAACCAGCCACUCAUUGCUACAACCCGGAAGUUGUUCACCUACUAAGGGAAGGCUUUACACUCAUUGUUUCUGGCGUCUAAUGGCUUCUUGUUUCACGGGUGGGUUUAGAAUAGAGAGCAAAAAAUAAUUAACCGUCUCACUGGAAAAUAAAUGAAUUAAACUUGAGCAGGGGUAGAUUAACGGGAGUGACAUUCAAUGAUCUAGAAAAGCAGCCAGGCCGGGAUCACUGGAGACUAGGGUGCUGGAAUAUCGGAAUAUUCCCGCAGCCAGUGAAUCCCAGAAUUCACUCCAUAACUGUGCAGAGGGAAUACUGUCACCACCAGCCUCUUCUCAAGGGUAGUCAGAGAUGUGUAAACGCCGGAAUUAGAAGGUGCGGUGGGUGGCAGGAGUGCAUGCCGACAGAUGACAGAUGAAACUCGGUGAGGCGGGGAGGGUUCUGCCUCCUUCCUUUCCAGUCCUGAUGAAGGGUCUCGACCCGAAACGGCGACUGUUUAUUUCCCUGCCUGUCCUGCUGAGUUCCUCCGGCAUUGUGUGUGUGUGUCGAUCCAGAAUGAGCAGGUCAGGUGGAAGAGACGAGCACAGUAGCUACAUUUUGAAGGGCAUCAGGACAAGCACUUGGAUGGGGAAUUAAUGCUGGCAAGGGAAUUUAGCAAGAAGGUCGGCAGGAACGCGGUGGGCCGAGCGGCCUCCCCUGCUGUACAGCGCCGUGGCUGCAAAACGUAAUGUGGUCAGGACCCAAGCUGAUGACAAAGCGGUCUGGUGGGCAAUGCUGGGUCGCCAGCCCUACCCCCCUGCUCUCACCAGUUCGCAGGAGCGUCCCGCCGACUCACUCUCUCCGCCUCCUGCGUGUCUGUAAACCACUUCCCCGCGGGACAUGUGACCGAGCUCGUCAGUGGGGAGAAUCCUCUUCUUGUGCUGUUGCUAUCACCGCUCCGGACUCAUGCGGCGGCGGAGGCAUGGCUGAGAACCGGCUCGACCCCUACACCCUCUGCCUCUUCGACGUGGACGGGACCCUCACCCCGGCCCGGCAGAAAAUCGCUCCUGAGCUGGACGCGUUUUUGCAGGGGCUGAGGAAGAAGGUGAAGAUUGGCGUUGUGGGAGGCUCAGAUUACGCCAAGAUAGCAGAGCAACUGGGGGAAGGAGAAGAAGUCGUUCAGAAGUUCGAUUACGUCUUUGCUGAAAAUGGGACGGUCCAGUACAGGGACGGGAAGUUCGUCACAAAGGAGGCCAUCCAGAACUACCUGGGUGAGGAGCUACUCCAGGAGCUGAUUAACUUCUGCCUCAGCUACAUGUCUGACAUCCGACUACCCCGCAAAAGGGGCACCUUCAUUGAGUUUCGAAACGGCAUGUUGAACGUCUGUCCCAUUGGCAGGAGCUGUUCCUUAGCAGAGCGACUUGAGUUCUCCCAGAUUGACAAGACAGAGAAGAUCAGAGAGAAGUUUGUGGCGGCUUUGCAGAAGGAGUUCGCUGGCAAAGGAUUGAACUGUACCAGAGGGGGCAUGAUCAGCUUUGACAUCUACCCCGAGGGUUGGGACAAGCGCUACUGCCUGGAUAUCCUGGAAAAGGACGGAAUUAAAACGAUCCACUUCUUUGGGAAUGAGACCGACCCGGGCGGUAAUGACCAUGAGAUCUUUCAUGAUCCCAGGACAAUUGGAUACACAGUGGUGUCACCAGAGGAUACUGUCAGACUGUGCAAAGAACUCUUCCUGCGCGAAUGAGCCACACACUACCAUUCCCAGACCUGGACCCGAAGUUAUCUUCUGCAGGACUUCACGGAAAUCUGAAUGUAGAAACAUUCCCCUGUUCUCUGGUGGGGAGAGAUGUUAAUAUCAACUGCGUUUGUGGGAUGUGCCUCCGUUACAAUUCCAUAUCAGCAGAUGAUGCCAAUACUACUUGAAUUCUUUGUCAUUCACCCUCAGUCUGGUACGGUUAUCAUUUUGUGCACACCAGAACCAACUGGAGUUGGGAGCAUGUGCUUGCAAUGUGCUCCCCAGCACCACCUAUUGGCCACUAAUCACCACUACACCGUGACUGUUGACAUAGCAUAUCUGAGCAGGGAAUGUUGGCAAUCCCAUCUACAGUGCUGUGUGUCGACAAAAAGCACGGCCCAUGAUACGGUGACAGAUGUGAAUUUAUUCUCUUUAGUAGGAAUGAAAGAAAUAAAGAAUAUUUUUUUAAACAGAGAUUUGUAAAUGUCAGUGCACAAAAGGUUCCUAAAACACAAAGUUCAAAGUAAAUUAAUUAUCAAAGUAAAUAUCUGUCAUCAUA